UCAAUUAUGCCAUAUUUACCUAGGCCAAGUUUUCAACUUUUCCCAGAUUCAUUGAUCAGAAGGAAAUCGGCAGAUCGUUAACGUGGGAAGAUUAAGCAUCUGUUUUAUUGUGACGUAAAAGUGAGGCCCCAAAAAGAAAAAUUAAUGAAAAUAGUAGCUACUAAUCAAGUUCCUUACAUAGAUGUUUAAAUUGAGGGGGUGUCAUUAAAGAACAUUUACAUACAGAAAUAUUCUCCAAGAAUAGAAAAUUGAUUUUCAAUUCAUCUAAAAUCUAUGUUAAUGUUAUUUCUAAAGAGUUCUAAGUAAAAAGAAGAAAGCUUUGCGUAAAGUUGGCCCCAGUGAAGUUAUGUAUGCUGAACUAUAAGAUAAUUAGAAUAUUGAACAUUUUUUUCACAAUCAAUAAUUACCUUCCUACAGUCGCAUGCUGUAUAAGAAUUCAGGCGGUAAUUGUUUUACAUGUGGACAGCCUUUUCAGUGGAUGUCUUAAAUCCAGCAAUUUCUGUCAAUUCACACAUGAAAUCUAUCAAUCAGGAAUUGAUCUAGUUUUCUCCUAGGAGUUCUUUAUUGAUUAGCAUAAUUUUGGUCUACGGAGGACCCAUGCAGUUUAUGAGCAAAAAUUGAUUUCCCAGUGUCACUUCUUUUGGUCCAUCUCAUCUUGUAAAAUUUCAGGCACUAGGCUUAACUUUGAAAAAAAAAUUGUGUUUAAAAUUACAGUUUAAAACAUUAAGAGUUGACUUUUUUGACAACUUAGAUGUGGGUGUUGAGGAGACGUUAGUAUUCCUCCCGUAUUGGAAUUCCGUGCUGGUCCUAUUCUGGCAGUGGAGAGAUUACUUUCAUGGAGCAAUCACGGUCAGUGUGAGGUUUACAAUUGCUUUCUUUCAUCCUUGGGCCUCAGAAAGAAUACACAGCAUCAUGGAGACAUAAGAAUUCAGAUCCCUGCAGAAGAACUGCACCAAAGUGAAUCUCUCCAUAGUUUACUGAGCUUGACCACUGUCCCCCCUCAGGCAGAGCUGACUGGACAGUAGAGGACACGCCUCCUGGACAGCUAUGGGGGUCCACUUGGUAGGAGUUGUUUCGGUCAUCAUCUUCUACAUCCUAAUCCUAGGAGUGGGACUCUGGGCUGCCCGGAAAUCCCGCGGGGAGACAGACAGCGAGAAUGUGAUGCUGGCGGGGCGGAAUAUCGGAGUUCUUGUGGGGGUGUUUACCAUGACAGCUACCUGGGUAGGAGGGGGAUUUAUCAAUGGAACAGCUGAAUACAUCUUCAAGGAUGGUCUGGUAUGGUGCCAAGCUCCUUUUGGAUAUGCCCUAAGCUUGGUGUUUGGUGGCCUAUUCUUUGCUGAGAAGAUGAGGACAGAGGGCUAUGUGACAAUGCUGGACCCCUUCCAGGAGAAGUAUGGACAAAGGAUGGGGGGCCUCCUCUACAUCCCUGCCCUGCUGGGGGAGGUGUUUUGGACAGCAGCCAUUCUUGCUGCUCUUGGUGCUACAAUCUCCGUGAUCAUUGACAGCGAUGUGAAGACAUCCAUUAUCGUGUCUGCUUGUAUUGCCGUAUUCUACACCUUGUUUGGGGGACUGUACUCUGUUGCCUACACAGACAUUGUACAGCUCUUCUGUAUAUUCUUUGGUCUGUGGAUAACCAUUCCAUUUGCCAUGACUAAUGAACAUGUAGGAGACAUCGCUGUAAAUGCGUCCUCCCUAUGGAUCAAAUCCAUUGACCCUCAGUACACGGGGGUGUACAUCGAUGGCAUGCUGCUGCUGAUAUUUGGGGGAAUCCCCUGGCAGGUGUAUUUCCAGCGAGUUUUGUCGGCCAAGUCGGCCUUCAAUGCCAAGAUCCUGUCCUAUGUGGCAGGGGUGGGCUGUAUUGUUAUGGCCAUCCCCUCAAUCCUGAUCGGUGCUAUAGCCACAACUACAGACUGGAACAACACUGACUACACUCUUAGGGAUCACCGAGAGUUCCCCAUCCCCCCGGAGAACAUGAACCUGAUCCUCCCUAUGGUCAUGCAGUAUUUGACCCCCACCUGGGUGGCGUUCUUUGGACUGGGAGCGGUGUCUGCCGCAGUGAUGUCAUCAGCGGACUCCUCCAUUCUGUCUGCCAGCUCCAUGUUUGCCAGAAACAUAUACAAACUGUUAUUUAGACAACAGGCAUCCGAGCAAGAGAUUGUGAAUGUGAUGAGGGUGGGGAUAUUUGGAGUGGGUAUCCUAGCAACAAUAAUGGCCAUAAUGGUGGACUCUAUCUACAUGCUGUGGUACCUCUGUUCCGAUCUCGUGUACGUCAUUCUGUUUCCGCAGCUUGUCAGCGUUGUCUAUCUUAAGGGCACCAACACCUACGGAUCUCUAGGAGGGUUCGUUAUAGGCUGGUUCUUCCGAUUAAUGGGAGGAGAAAGCAGCAUGAACAUUCCCGCUGUCAUAAAGUACCCCUGGUAUGAUGAGGCCAGUGGAACACAGCUGUUUCCAUAUAAAACCUUCUGUAUGCUUCUAUCCUUCGGAUCUAUAAUCCUCAUCUCCUAUCCCUCAAAAUACAUGUUCGAACGAGGAAUGAUUCCCCCUAAAUAUGAUGUAUUUAUGUGCAUUGUUAAUUUUCCGGAAGAGAGUAUAGCGUUAGCCUCCAGUAAAAUGUCAGAACUGACUGCAGUGACUCCUACGGAAGUGAAUGGAAAAAUUAACCCCGCUCUCAAAUUUUCACAAGAUGACUUGCUUGCUGUUGAAAAGCAGUAUGGAAGGAAAGAAAAUGGCGAUACAGAACAUGCCAAGUUUCUCACAGCAGACGAUGCUCUACAUCAAAGAGAAUCUCAAUAGGAAUUUUAGUUUUGCUUUAUAGAAUCUUGAGUUAUCAAUGAUAGAGUAUGGAAAUUCAAGGGAAACUACUCCGACUGGAAAAUCUCUAUGAGAUAUAUAUGUGCAUAAUAUAUAUUGUUUCAUCAAAUUUUAAGCAUCAUAUGGAAAAUAGUGAUAGCUGAGAUGUUUUUGUAAAUGCAUCAAUUCAGACUGCUGUCAAGUUUUCUGUAAUUUUAGGCCAUUGCAUACAAUUUAGUUCUUUGGUUUUGUAUACCAUGAGCCUUAAAAUUUCCAGGGAUUAAAUAGAGAACUUUUUAAACAAUUAUCUGGUAAAGAAGUAGUAAACAGUUUAAGAGGUUAUGCUAUUGAAUCAUAAUUAAAAUAAUGGUAUAUACUUGUAAUUUUCUUACGGGGUGGGAUAACAGAUAAUGUAACAUUAAUUUUGUAGCCAAUAGUUCUACUGUACAGUCCUGAGAACAAUCUGGUCUCCUAUGAAGACCCUUGAGCUUUUGAUAAAUGUCUAUUAUUUUGGCCAGUUGGCAAUGUGAAAUAAGUACACCUGUUGUGAUAGAAUAAAUUUACCAGCAGCU